AUGAUGGCCAUUAUCGUGGAGGUGUCCCGGGAGUUCGGGCUGAGGGUGUCGGAGAGGAAGACGGAGACCCUGGUGAUGCGGGUGAAGGAGAAACAGCGACCGCCGCCGACGCCACCGCCGGCGCUGACCAUCGAAGCAGCGGGGCAAAGGUACGCACAGACGACCGAGUUCCGAUACCUGGGCGGCCUCAUCAACGAGCAGGGCGACCUCACCCGAGAGAUCAACCACAGGAGCAAAGCAGCGUGGGCGUGCAUUAGGCGAUACGCCACGGAGCUCUUCGACCGACCGGGAGCACCGUUUCGCCUCAAGGCCCGCCUACUCCAGGCGGAGGCAGUGGCGGCACUGCUAUACGGCUGCAUGACAUGGUCCCCACGCCGCGACCACUACCGGCUGCUGCAGACGACACACCACCGUCUGCUUCUGCGAGUCAUCGGCUACCGGCGCAAACGAGGCACCUACCGGCAGCUGUCAUACGCCCAGGCGCUGAAGAGGGUCGGCUGCCAGAGCGUGGAGGCCACUGUCCGUCAACGGCGCCUGCUCUUUGCGGGGGCCGUGGCAAGACAGCCAGACGGGCGGCUUCCGAAACGGCUGAUGUUCGGCGAGUUGGUGGGAGGGGAGAACCCGGGCCGGGGAAGCCCGGAGCAGAACUGGCUGAUAUGCCUGAAGGACGACCUGAAGAUGUUCGAAGCCAGACACGGCUCCACGCCCGACAAGCGGAGCUUCUUCGGAAUCCCGAAGCCAGACUGGGACGAGGCGGCGAAGGUGGAGGGGGGGGUACCGUGGCACGCGGGGGUGCUACAGGGAGCUGAGAGGUUUAUGGCCUCUUGGCACAAGGGCGAGGAGAAGGCCAGCCGACAACGAGCCAUCAAACGAGGAGAUAGCGGGCCCAAAAAUAGUGUAGAUACGGCACCAAUCAACGGGGCGGGAGCGGGGCGGGGGGAAACGGCGCGGGAAGAAAGCAAGCGAGAAGAGACCGACCGCGUGACGUGACAUGUUGCGGUUGAAUUUCAGCGACUAGUUUUUCUGUUGCCCUCUCCCCCGUUUGCUGUCGCGUUCAGACUGUCUCUACGGAUAUCCCUGUCUCUGUGCGAGUUUGUUUAUGUCCUCGUCUGUCAUUGGUUUAUUUCGUUUUAUUUUGUUUGUUUUUUUACUGGCACGUACUGCUGACCCUUGGGAUCCUUCCGGAAGGCUACCCCCCAGGCUGGUGGUGCGCACGUUCCACUAUGUAUUUAUUUUUUUGUUUCUGAUUCUUUUGUUUUCUUGUAUUUUAUC